AUGGCGUCUGCUCCCCCGAUGAACGUGAUCGAGAAGAUCCUGUGCCACCAUGCUGUAGGCCUCUCCAAGCCUUACGUGCGUGUGGGCGACGUGCUGUGUGUCAAGGCUGACUGGACUAUUGCCAGUGAACUGACCUUCCAAGCUAUGGACACUAUGCACGAGGCCAUCGGCCGACCGCCUCUCCACCGCCCCGACCGCUUCUGGCUGGCUCUGGACCACACGGUGGACCCGCGUGUGAACCAUUUGCCUAAGCAGAAGGCGCUUAUUGAAAUGUCUACCAACUUCGCCAAGACCCAUGGGCUCACGGACUUCCAGCCUGCCAACACUACCAUCAUGCACACCGAGUUUGCUCGUAAGCGUGCGCAACCCGGCCAGAUCGUCAUUGGCGCUGACAGCCACACAUGCAGUGCCGGUGGAAUGGGCGCAUUUGCUGCCGGUUUGGGCGCUGGCGACGUCGUUAUGCCACUAGUCACGGGUCAGACGUGGUUCAAGGUGCCGGAAGUGUGCUACAUUGAGUUUGUCGGCGCUCCGAGCUUCGGUAUCGGUGGUAAGGACGUGAUUCUUCACAUCCUUGGAGAAUUGAAGCGCAACACCGUCGCGUUUGAGCGUGCUGUGUACUACGGCGGCGCAGGGCUCAAGUACCUGUCCGACGACGCUCGCUUUGCCGUCGCGAACAUGAGUACCGAGUUCGGUGGCAUUGCCGGCGUGUUCCAGGCCGAUACCAUCACUCAACGUGUACUCGAAGCACGCGAGUCUCACUUCGACGAAGCUCUGUUCUUUGAGCCGGACGAGGGAUGCAACUACGCCGCCCACCAUGUGAUCAACCUGGCUGAUGUCAAGCCGUUGAUCGCUCUGUACCCAUCGCCCGACAACUGUGUGAGUGUCCAGGAGAAACUCGGAAUGAAGCUGGAUGGGUGUUUCAUUGGUGCCUGCACUACCACGCAGGAAGAUCUGAUUCUAGGUGCAAUGGUGUUGCAACAAGCCAUGUUGGAGGGAAAACGUCCCUCGGCUAACGGCAACCGUCGUGUUACUCCCGGCAGUCUGGAGAUUGUCGACCGUCUAAAAGAACUUGGUCUGGUCCGUAUCUACGAAGAAGCAGGCUUCACUGUCGGCGUGCCGAGUUGCAGUUUCUGUGUCGGCAUUGGUGCCGAUGUUGCCGGCGAAGGUGAAGUGUGGCUUUCCAGUCAGAACCGAAACUUCCGGAACCGUAUGGGUAAAGGAUCGAUCGGCAACUUAAGUUCGGCGGCGGUAGUGGCUGCCUCCAGCUUCGAUAUGGAGGUGGUGGACCCUCUGCCGUACUUGGACAAGAUCAACAAGGACGACUUUGACCGCUACCGUAACUGGGUGGAGCCGGACUCGUCCACGCCAUCACCGGCCAAAACGACUAAGUCGUACACAGUGACGGAGCCCGAGCCCGUGCUCGCUUCGGGUAACGACGAAGUGACCGUCCAGCAGGCCAAGGAACAGGCUGCUGUUGCCGAAUUGGAAGCUGCUUUGCCACCUAAAUUCAGUGGCAAAGUGCAAAAGUUCGGCGACAACAUCGACACAGACGCUGUGAUCCCGGCCCAGUUUAUGGGUCUUAACAAGUCGUCGCCUUUGUGGCCUGCUGAGUGUGAGACAGAGCUGGAUGUGCUCGCUGCCAAGUCGUUUGCCUAUGUGCGUCCCGAGUUCCCGCAGAAGGUGAAAGAGGGCUUAAACAUCAUUGUGGCCGGUACGGCAUUCGGUAGUGGUUCGUCUCGUGAAGAGGCCGCGAUUUGCCUUAAGGCUGUCGGCGUCCAGGCCGUGAUUGCCAAGUCAUUCGCUUACAUUUACGCUCGUAACCAGCCCAACAACGCUCUGUUGGGCAUUGUCGUGACGGACGAGAAGUUCCACGAACUGGCCGCUGAAGGUGAGGAAGUUACGGUGGAUCUGCGUAACCGAGUGGUGAGUGUCAAGGACCACCAGGUGGCCUUCUCGUUGACGCAACUUGAGGAGGCAUUCCUCAACGGAGGCGGUCUGAAGACGCUCUUCAAGCAGCACAAGGCAGAUCUGUUCCGUGCCGCCAUGCGUGGCAAGGCGCCAAAGGUUAUUUCUUCGGGCGGUGUCGGCUGUGGCGAAGGUUGCGGCGGCGAGGCGGCGGCCACUCCGUCGUGGUAG